AUGCGGGCACUCUUUCGACCGCGGGCUGCGGCACGGGCUACCUUCUCCUCACUUCGUCGGCCACGACGUAGUCUCUUGACCCAAGCCAAAACGAAAGGACCUCUUCACCCUCCCUUACUCGAAGAAACUAUCGGCGAGAACUUUGCGCGCAUUGUUUCCGCACACGGUGAUCAAAAUGCCGUCAUCUCCAGACACCAAAACAAGCGAUUGACAUACCAACAACUCGACCUCGACAGCAACGUCCUGGCUCACGGACUGCAAAGCUUGGGCGUCAAGAAGGGGGAUCGAGUCUGCGUGUCUUUGGGCAACAACCUCGAAUUCGCGACAAUCACAUAUGCAUUGUUCAAGCUCGGUGCUAUUCUUGUCCCGCUGAACCCAGCGUUCACCUCGACCCAGAUCAUUUCGGCCCUCAACCACUUGUCUGCCACACAUCUAGUCAUUGGGACCGAAACGAACCUGCCGUACAAACCUCCGCGGCCCAACAUCUCCCUGCUCGAAGCGCUCGUGCCCGAUCUUGCAAGCUCUGCUCUUGCCUCGGAAGCGAUUCCAACCCUGAAGAAUAUCAUCCUUGUGGACAACUCCUCCGGUCGGAUAGAUGCUACACCUUUCCGUGCCACAACACCGUGGGCAUCGAUAUCACAGGACACAGAUACUCGUGCUCCCAAACCGUCUUCUCCUCUUUCGAAUCAUGAAGUUGUCAAUAUCCAAUUCACCUCUGGGACUACGUCCAUGCCCAAGGCAGCUUGUCUGUCACACAGAUCGAUCCUCAACAACGGCAACCAAAUAGGGGACCGCAUGCUGCUGACACCAGAAGAUGUUGUGUGCUGUCCACCCCCUCUAUUCCACUGCUUUGGAUGUAUCCUGGGCUACAUGGCGACCGCGACUCAUGGCUCUGCAAUAGUUUUUCCAGCCGAGGCAUUCGAUCCUUUGGCCUCCUUAAAGGCCAUCCAAGAGGAGAAAGCUACAGCCCUCUAUGGUGUCCCGACUAUGUUCCUUGCGGAACUGGAACUCCUUGAUGACGAGAAGAUCGCAUACGAAGGUUUUCAGUACCUGCGAACUGGCAUCGCAGCAGGCUCAUCAGUGCCCGCAGAGCUGAUGCGGAAACUGCAUAAGACGCUGAAUUUGACGGAGUUGACGAUUUGUUACGGGAUGACAGAAACCUCUCCCGUUUCUGCCAUGACAACGACAGACGACCCCAUUGAGAAGCGCAUCAACACCGUUGGUCGAUUACUUCCGCACGUCGAGGCGAAAGUCGUGGAUCCUUUCAAUCAUGACAGGAUCCUAAAUGUGGGUGAACGAGGAGAGCUUGCGGUUCAUGGAUAUCUGGUAAUGAGGGAGUAUUGGGGCCAGCCAGAAAAGACAGCAGAAGCCAUAAAAGUCGACGAAGACGGCAAGGCUUGGAUGCACACCGGCGACGAGGCAUCGAUAGACGAAGAAGGCUAUGUCAGUAUCACAGGACGCAUCAAAGACCUGAUCAUCCGGGGCGGAGAGAACAUCCACCCCCUUGAAAUUGAGAAUUGUCUCUUCGCACACCCCAAAAUCGCCGAGGUUAGUGUUGUCGGUCUCCCAGAUCAAAGGUAUGGAGAAGUCGUUGCGGCGUUCGUCAUUCGCAGGCAUCAUUUGUCCUCAGGGGAAAAGCAAAUAACCGCCGAGGAAGUCAGAAGUUGGGUCAGGGAUCGCAUGAGUCACCAUCUGGUGCCGAAAUAUGUCUUUUUCGUGGAUGACUAUCCAAAGACGGCCAGCGGGAAGAUUCGUAAGUACUCUGCCCGAUUGUUGAUUCUUGCAUUGGCGGUGGAACUACAACUGACCGAGUGGUAUUUCUUCAGAGAAAUUCAAACUGAGAGAGACGGGCGUCGAGCUGCUUAUUAA